AGUCUGAACCAAGGAGGCUUGAACGCGCCAGAGUGCUUUUGAAUAGAAAACUUUAUUGUUAGCGGAAGUGACAAGUUCAACACCGAAUCCAAAGGAUCCACGUGGGUUCGCCCUCUGGUUAAGCGCACACGGUGAAGGUUAAGCAAGGCUGCCAGGUAUCAAAAUUUAACGGAACCCAUUCGUUGUCCAGUGGGUUUUCAACGAGGGUGAACCGAAAGGUCGUUUGCUGAAAUGGAUCCAAUGAAAGCGCAGCAGCUCGCCGCGGAGCUGGAGGUUGAAAUGAUGGCUGAUAUGUAUAACCGCAUGACCAAUGCAUGUCACAGGAAAUGUGUUCCCCCACAUUACAAGGAAGCCGAACUUUCAAAGGGGGAGGCUGUGUGUCUGGACCGCUGUGUUGCAAAGUAUUUGGACUUGCACGAGAGACUUGGCCGGAAGCUCACUGAGCUCUCCGUGCAGGAUGAGGAGGUGAUGAGGAAAGCUGCAGCUGGAACCGGAUAAGCCCAAUAAGGACCUUAAAAUCUUGGAUAGUCUAGGUUUUGUGGGAGGAGCAGCACUAUGGACUUCCAAAAGGGGGAAAGUGGGCAGCAUGGCCACAAAUGUAAAGAUUAUAACAUGAAUAUUACAACUAUUCACUGAGACAUUCAAUUUCAAGGUACAGACUUUUGGUUGGAGGUGGGGUAUAUUGUACCCCAAGAUUUGGUGGAAUCUGGCGGUGUUAGUUUGUUGGAUGAAAGAUUCACUUAACGUGGAAUAAAACUUUAUCUGGGUGGGGAGAUUUAUUGAGUAUUGGGGAAUUGCAGGUCCUUGUGAAAUUGUGUUAUACAUUUUUUUUGUGUGUGUGUGUUUUUUUUUUUAAUGUUGACUGUGAUCAUUGUAUUUUCUGGCUGUGAGUAAUUUUGCAAAACUCCUUUAUUACUAAACUCAAUUAAACCAUUGAUCAUGCCUA